AUGGUAAUAGGUCAAGUGACAACAGAACCAUUCAAUAUCAAAAUCAACGGUAAAUGGUUGCAUAUUGAUGAAAAAACGUUGGCGAAGCAUCCAGGUGGUAUUGCAAUGACAGCUUAUCGUGAAACUGAUGCAACUACAGCAUUUCACAUAUUUCAUUCUGGCUCUAAAUUGGCGUAUCAAAUGAUUAAAGAAAUAUCAACAAGUAGCGUCGAUUAUGAACCACCAAAGGAACAGGUAGUGUCGGAAACAUUAUCAGUGUUAAGUGGUGAAGUUAUCGGCAAUUGGAAUUUGGAUGCACAACGUAUCGCAACAAUUAAUCGAAAUUUUGAUCAUUUCAGAAUGCAG